AUUUCGCCCCAUGUGAUUAGAGUUAGAGGAUGUGCCUUAAUACUUUGGAAGUACUUCCAGGUUAGAUCUGGUGUGGAAAGGAAAAGUAUGGCGGAAAAGAAAGGUAAGGGUGAGGAAACCUUUGACGUGAUGGACCUGGCAGAGUAUGCCAAGAGACAGCGGUGGUGGAAUCGGGUUUUUGGAAAAAACUCAGGACCUAUUGCCGAAAAAUACUCUGUGGCCACACAGCUUGCCAUUGGCGGAGUGACGGGCUGGUGUGCUGGUUUUCUCUUUAAGAAAGUAGGAAAACUGGCAGCUUCUGCAGUAGGUGGUGGAUUCUUCCUACUUCAGAUUGCUAACCACACAGGCUACAUCAAAGUAGACUGGAAAAGAGUUGAGCAGGACGUAAACAAGGCCAAGAAACAACUGAAGCUUAAUGCAGAAAAACCUCCAAAAGAAGUGCGAACCAAAGUGGAUGAGGUGACGACAUUUGUGAAGAAGAACAUAGUACUGACUGGAGGAUUCGCCGGAGGAUUUUUGAUUGGGCUGGCAUCUUAGGAGUUUUUAACACUUAGGAACCCCUUUUCCGAGAUGUCACCAACAUAUUUUUCUGUUGUAAAGACUGCAACUUCUCAGUAAAGGCCGAUAUUUUAAGUUAAGUGCUUUAUAUUUGUAUUUAAACCUGCCAAUGUAGGUCAGAGGUUUGGUGUACAGUAUAUUACAUGCUUUUGAACAUUUAAGAAACAAAUACAAAACAUGCGAUAUGUGGUUGUUGUUUAAGCUUUAGCCCAAUUUACACAUAGCGGAGGUUUUUUUAAGUAGUUGAUUUAGCUUACCGUGUUACAUGUUAUUUUUUUUGUUGUUUUAGAAUGGAACUGCAGGAUGAUUGUGAACAGAAUCUAUAAAUCUCAGCAUAAUCAUAAAUGUUUUGAAAAAUGUAAAUGGCUAAUUAAGUGUUUUGCACAUUAGUUAAACAAAUUUAGAUAGUAAACCAUCAGCAAUACCAAAAAAGUCACAAUGACAAAUCAACCCAUUUGACCAGCAUAUUUCUGCAUGUUUUUGUUAGGCUGUUUUGGUGGUAAGUUCAGAUGUGGUGUAGUAACUUUUUGAACUGAACUUGAUAGAUAUAAUAAACCCAUACCUUUUCCUGUAAAUCAGCAAGCUGGCAUUAAUGAUCAGUGCAGGACCAGCAAGAAUUUACAAUAUUGUAGGUGUCUGAGAUCCUAUAGAUAACUAAUAUUAAGGUGGCCUUACAAAGUGAUCUAAGAAAAGCUACUAGUAAUCAAGCAAACAAGCCAGUUGAUGCUUUGUCACCACUUCAUCUGGAAACACUCUAUGGAAAAGGCAUAUUUUCAUAAAACUUAGCUCAACAAAUGGAGACAUACUAUUUAAGAACACACACACAAAGCUUAGAUAUGCUAAGCUCAUCCCAGGUUAACAUUUUCUCUGCUUAAAACUAUAUCUGUUUAUUUAGAAAAAUGCAGAUCAUACACAUUUAUAUCUUAAGAGUUUGAAGACAAAAAAAGAUUGGGUGCUUUGUGAUCAUGUAUAUCUCAUUGAACAGAUACACAUGAGUAUGGUCAUACCUAAUGGAAGAUGCAGAGCCCACCUACCAUUAAAGAUACUUAAACUACAGCUGCAUUGUUUUCGGUAAAAUAAAAGGUUUAAUAAGCUGCUGUCAUUAGAAGAACCUUAUAACCAAGUAUUAGAGUGAAGAUGAAUGAAAUCGAUAUCCUGUAAUAUCUUGGCACAAAUAUGUGUUAUGUGAAUAUGUGAAGGUAGUAUAAGUAAUGGUAAAAGUGGCAUCAUGGUUUGAUAGAGCUGCUGCCUCAGGGCUCAUUGGUACGUCACUAUUAAGUUCACAUGUUCUGCCCAAAAUUGCGUGAGUUUUGACUGGUUCUAGUUUCCUGUCACCUUCCAAAGACUUGCUAACUGAUUUAAUUGGCCUCUCUAAAUCGCCCCUGUGUGCUUUUGUGUAUGUGUGGCCUGCAGUGGGUGGUAUCCCGUCCAUGUUGUUAUUCCUCCCCAUGUGUCUGGGAGAGGCUCUGGAUUAGAAGGAGAGCUCAUGGGGCUUGUGCCAAAAUGUAUUUAAGGCUGUUAUUUAUUUAAAAAAGUGCUGGCUAAUAAAUUGGUCACUCCAUGAAAACGGUACCACACGGGACUAAGAAUUUUCAAAAUGUUUUAACUUUGGAAGCAUAACAUUUUUGAAAAUUAAAAAUGCACUGUUGUAAUUUUGUUUUAAAAAUGCACCACUGUGGGAAAAUAAAGCCUAAGGGGGCCUUUGAAGUUUC